AUGGCUUCUUCCCCAGAAGGUUCUCCACCUUCACCCUCAUCAUCACCAUCACCACCACCACCAACACCACCCUCGUCAUCACCACCACCACCACCUUCGUCAUCACCACCACCACCAACGUCAUCAUCAUCGCCACCAACACCACUUUCGUCAUCAACAUCGCCACCAACACCACCCUCGUCAUCAUCCUCACCAACAACACCUUCUUCAUCAUCAGAAUCAUCAUCACCACCAACACCACCUUCGUCAUCAUCAGAAUCGUCACCACCAUCUCCAUCUAAUAAUAAUGGCAGCAAUCAAAAUAAUGCUGCCACAACUAAUCCUACUCUAUCAUCAUCAUCAUCACCACCACCACCACCAAAGUUGACAUCCGAAAAUAGCUCAUCAACUCUUUCUUCCUCGCCAAGACUGUCACCUCCACCAUCAUCUACUAAUAUUGUGAGUGAAUCAGAAUCGGAUACCUCAUCAUCGCAGUCUUUGCCAAUUAUAAUAGGUGUUUCAGUUGGCGUUGUUUUGUUGUUUACUCUCAUUAUAGCGCUCAUUAUUGCUACAUGCAACAGAAAGAAAAAGAAGUCUGAUAAUCAUAUGCAAUAUUACAAUAAUUCUACGCCACCACAAGGUGGUGUUAGAAAGGGAAAUGCCUCAAGCCUAGCCCAAGCAGGACAAAUGAACAAGAGGUACCAAGCUAAUGAUCACCUUGUCAUUAAUUUACCAUCGCCUCGUGGUGGAAAUGCAGGUCGUGGAGGAUGGCAACAAACACCAUCACCACAAGGGCAAACACCAUCUUCUAGUGAAAUGAGCUCCAAUUUACAUGGUCCAACUUUGCCACACGCAUAUCCAUCGCCUUUAGGGCUCAACCAAAGCCCUUUCACCUAUGAAGAGCUAGCAGUCGCAACUCAUGGGUUCUCUCAAGCUAACUUGUUGGGUCAAGGUGGGUUUGGGUUUGUCCACAAAGGAGUUUUGCCCAACGGCAAAGAAGUAGCUGUUAAGAGUCUCAAAUCUGGUAGCGGACAGGGUGAACGUGAAUUUCAAGCUGAAGUUGAGAUUAUCAGUCGUGUCCAUCAUCGUCAUCUCGUGUCCCUUGUUGGGUAUUCCAUGGCAGGAGAUAAAAAGAUGUUGGUCUAUGAAUUUGUGCCUAAUAAAACUCUUGAAUUCCACCUUCAGGAGAAAGGUCUUCCGACCAUGGACUGGCCUACUAGGCUCAAAAUUGCUCUGGGAGCAGCCAAAGGCCUUGCAUACUUGCAUGAAGAUUGCCACCCUCGCAUCAUUCAUAGGGACAUCAAAUCCGCCAAUAUCCUUCUCGAUUUCAGUUUUGAAGCCAAGGUGGCAGAUUUCGGGUUGGCUAAACUUACUCAAGAUGACAAUACUCAUGUCUCAACUCGUGUCAUGGGAACAUUUGGUUACUUAGCUCCUGAAUACGCAUCCAGUGGCAAGCUGACAGAUAAAUCUGAUGUUUUCUCCUUUGGUGUUGUGCUCUUGGAAUUGAUAACUGGACGUCGGCCUUUAGACCUGACCUCAGAUAUGGACGAGAGCUUAGUAGAGUGGGCUAGACCCUUAUGCGCAAGUGCAAUGGAGAAUGGAAACUUAAGUCAAUUGGUGGAUCCGCGCCUGGAAAACAAUUUUGUCCGCCAUGAGAUGGCACGCCUGGUUGCAUGUGCUGCUGCAUGUGUUAGGCAUUCUGCUAGAAGGCGGCCGAAAAUGCGACAGGUAUAUGAAUCCUAAAUCUUGUUAGGAAAUUUUUUCAAGCACAAUUAUGGUCCUAGCUAGAUCUUGUUAACUUUCAGGUUCUUUGGAAGUGAAUCAAAAGAUUGCAUGUUUAAGCACCUUAUUUCCCCUGAAUAGGAUUUGCUA